AUGACCGAACCUGUCGAAGCCCGCAACUUCUUCCCCGCUCUCCAGCGGAACGUGACGCCCACUGCUUCCGGCUCGGAAGUGGUCAGCUAUACCUCUGACCUGGGCAACGGCAAUCCCAUCCUGACUCUGAUUCACGGAUAUCCUCAAUCUGCAUUCAUCUGGCGCCACCUCGUCCCCCUCCUCCAGUCCAAAGUCUCCCUCUUCAUCCCCGAACUUCCCGGUUACGGCAUCAGCACGCCCAUCUCCGCCGGCACAGGCGAACACACCAAGCGGGCCGUCGGCCGGGCCUUGCUGGAUGCUCUUGCCCAAGUUUUUGGUACCUCGUCAUCCUCGUCAUCAUCACCCCGAAAGAUCAUCCUAGCCGGCCACGACCGCGGCGCCCGCAUCUGCCACCGUCUCGCCGUCGACGCCACCGCCUCCUCCUCCUCCCCUUCCGACUCCUCAAACAACAACAGCAACUAUUUCACAGACCUCAACCUCUCCGUCACCGGCGUGAUAAUGCUCGACAUCCUCCCCACCAAAUCCCAAUGGGACCAUUUCUCCUCUCCCGCAACUUCCCAAUCCUACUUCCACUGGCCCUUGCUAGCAAACGUCGACCUCGCCGUGCCCAUGAUCCAGUCCUUUGGCGUAGCCAACUGGGUGCGCGGCGCUCACUUGCGGUUAGCCGGCAGCGCGGACGAUUCUCAACUGCGCAUCACAAGUGACGAAGCGAUGGAGGUGCAUGUGCAGCUUUUUGAAAGGGAGAAGGUGGUAAGGUGGACUUGUGAGGAUUAUAAAGCUGGUAGUACAAAAGAGGUGGAGGAGCAGAGGGAGGAUUUGAGGAGGGGGAGGAGGGUGCAGGUGAAGACUUUGGUUAUGUUCUCGAGGGAGAAGUUGGGGCAGGGAGGGGGGUUGGAUGUGGAGGGGGUUUGGAAGGGGACCGUGACGGCCGGGCUAGGAAAGGAGAAGGAGAAGGAUAGGUGGGUUGGGGAAGGGGUGGAAUUGGAGGUUGUGGGUGUUGAAGGCGGGAGAGGGCAUUAUUUGCCGGAGGAGGCAUAUGAUGUUGUGGGCGAGAAGGUGGUUGCGUUUUUGGAGAGGGUUGGGGUGUAG